GCGGCUCCCUCUCCCGGCGCGGCCGGGCGGGCGGGCUUGGGACUUGUCCGCGGGCGGUGAGGGAUGGAGGCUGGGCCAGGGGCUAGUGCCUUCCUCGGGGCGGGGGGAUGGCCAGCAUUUAGUCUUGGCCAUGCUGAGGUUGCGCGCGCGCGCGCGCGCGCGCGUGUGUAGUGGGGGCGGGGGCCUGGGGUAUCCAUUGCAGAUCUGUCUGCCCGUGAUUGUAGGGACAAUGGUCGUAGACCUGGGAAUCCCAACACUAGCCAGCACAUGAUGAUUGCCCAGUAAGUGAGGAGGACGGUUGAUGCAGGGUGCCUAGAGGAUAGUGCCCUGUCUUGAGAUGAGAAAACUCCCCAAAGAAGAUGAGACUUACGUUGAAUUUUACUUGGAGCAGACUGUCCAAAAGAGUGGAAUGGGAAGAGGAAGUAGAAGGUGCCAGAUCAUAGGAUGGGUUUAGUAAAUGAGUGUGUGGUUGAAUGAAUGUAUGAGGUCCAGUUUCUCAACUCAGUUCUUAUAAUCUGGCAGCCCAGCAUGCCGUGGGGUUCUGCACUGGGGUGGGUGGGAAGUAAGCUUGACACUUCGGUCCUUUCCAGCUCUAAAAUUGACUCAGAGUUUCAUUAGGAUGCGUUUUUUAUUCUGGGAAAUGUGAAACAAGGCUCUGGUGCAAAGUCUACUGUGCCCCAAGAUACCUUUGGGUGAGGGGCCUUUUCAGAAACCUGUCUAGUUAAUUUACGAGAGGGGCGGUUAUAGGCAAUAGAAAUAGUAGUAAUCUGUGAGACCUUGAGCAACUUAUCUCUAUACUCAGUUUCCCCUUCUGCAAAAACAAACAAAACCCCACAGCCUCCCUCACAAGUUGCUAUUAGAAUUGAAUGAGAUACAAACGUGAAUUUAAAUUGAUCCUGAUACAUAGAAACCUCAGUCAGAAUUGAUACUUAUAUCCGGAAAGGCAAGCCCUGAAAGGGUAGCAAAUUUGCCAAGAGUUAACAAACUUGCACUUAACAUGCAUAGGAAUCACCUGGAGUGCUUCUUUUAAAAUACUUAUUCUUUGGUUCCACUUGUAGAGGAUUUUAUUCCAGAGGUCUAGGACGGGGCCAGAUAACUUGCAUUUCUUAGCAAGGUUUUUAGGGCAGGUGAUCUAGGGACUGACUGUUUGGCCACCUUCAAAUGGGUACUGGUUAUGAGACAUGCAUGUGUGUGUGUGUUUGUCUGUGUGUCCGUGGUUCACCCUAUUGGCUGUGGGAGCAGUCACCUCCCCAGAUUGUUUGCUUUUGCAGCCAGUAACUGGUUUGAAAUUCAAGAAGUCAUUUCAUUGGUGAAGGAGAGUGGAUGCUGGAGAAAGGGAGUGGAUCAUGGCCUCAUCAAUAGGACCGAGUAUGUUUUUCCUGCUAGGGCCUGGCACUGUCCCCAGUUGCCUGCUGCCAGGUUACAGCUAUUGGGCAAUCAUGUACUUCCUGGCUUUCCUUUUCUCUUUCUCUUUCUAUAAAGUGUGAGGGCCCGGUGAGGCUCCAGGCUUGAGACCACUGGGCUCAGGCUUUGUCAGGCGCUCAGCUGGAAAAUAGCUGCUCGUAGCAUGUGCGUCUUGUUGAAAGACAGGCUGGGCUGGGGGACUGGGGUGGCCCAGAAACUGGGAAACUGAGAUUGAAGUUGAGAUCCCAUCAGACUCUUGACCUGGGUCACUGUAUGUGCACCUGUGUGUGUGUGUGUGUGUGUGUGUGUGUGUGUGAGAGAGAGAGAGAGAGAGAGAGAGAGAGAGAGAUUGAUGUCAUUGAUUCUGGAAUGAGAUAAACCAGCUUUCAGUUUUCAAACCCCAUUGGCUGAAGCAGGAAUUCCGGCUCUUAUGACAUCAGAACAGAGAGAAUUCAGAAGGUACUCCCUGGCCUCCCGCCUCUGGCGGUGCGCAGGGGCCCAAGGUGGCCAUCAAGUCAAUCCGGAAAGACAGAAUCAAAGAUGAGCAAGACUUGAUGCACAUUCGGCGAGAGAUUGAGAUCAUGUCAUCACUCAACCACCCCCACAUCAUUGCCAUCCACGAAGUGUUUGAGAACAGCAGCAAGAUUGUGAUCGUCAUGGAGUACGCCAGCCGGGGCGACCUGUACGACUACAUCAGUGAGCGGCAGCGGCUCAGUGAGCAGGACGCCCGCCAUUUCUUCCGGCAGAUCGUCUCGGCCGUGCACUAUUGCCACCAGAAUGGGGUUGUCCACCGUGAUCUCAAGCUGGAGAAUAUCCUCUUAGAUGCCAAUGGAAAUAUUAAGAUUGCAGACUUUGGGCUCUCCAACCUCUACCGCCAGGGCGAGUUCCUGCAGACGUUCUGUGGGAGCCCCCUGUACGCCUCCCCUGAGAUCGUCAACGGGAAACCCUACACGGGCCCAGAGGUGGACAGCUGGUCCUUGGGUGUCCUUCUGUACAUCCUGGUCCAUGGUACCAUGCCCUUUGAUGGGCAGGACCAUAAGACGCUGGUGAAACAGAUCAGCAACGGGUCCUACAGGGAGCCGCUUAAACCCUCUGAUGCUUGUGGCCUGAUCCGGUGGUUGUUGAUGGUGAACCCCACCCGCCGAGCCACCCUGGAGGAUGUGGCCAGUCACUGGUGGGUCAACUGGGGCUACGCCACCCGCGUGGGGGAGCAGGAGGCUCUGCACGAGGGCGGGCACCCUGGCAGCGACUCUGGCCGGGCCUCCAUGGCUGACUGGCUGCGGCGGUCCUCUCGCCCGCUCCUGGAGAAUGGGGCCAAGGUCUGCAGCUUCUUCAAGCAGCACGCGCCUGGAGGCGGGAGCAUCGCCCCAGGCCUGGAGCGCCAGCAUUCGCUCAAGAAGUCCCGCAAAGAGAACGACAUGGCCCAGUCUCGCCAGGGGGACCUGGCUGACGAUCCCUCUCUCCGCCCCGGCAGGGGCAACCUCAAGCUGCCGAAGGGCAUUCUCAAGAAGAAGGCACCAACCUUGUCAGAAGGGGCAAGGGCAGACCCCGAGCCCAGCCUGGGCCCUGCGAGCCCAGGGCAGGCUGCCCCCCUGCUCCCCAAGAAGGGCAUCCUCAAGAAGUCUCGGCAGCGGGAAUCUGGCUACUACUCCUCUCCGGAACCCAGUGAAUCUGGGGAGCUCCUGGACACCGGCGAUGUGUUUGUGAGUGGGGACUCUGAGGAGCAGAAGCCCCCCCAGGCCUCAGGGGUGCCCCUCCAUCGCAAAGGCAUCCUCAAACACAAUGGCAAGUUCUCCCGCACAGCCCUGGAGCUCCCAGCCCCUUCCACCUUCGGCUCCUUGGAUGAACUGGCCUCCCCUCACCCUCUGGCCCGGGCCAGCCGCCCCUCCGGGGCUAUGAGUGAGGACAGCAUCCUGUCCUCUGAGUCGUUUGACCAGCUGGACUUGCCUGAACGGCUCCCCGAGCCCCUGCUGCGGGGCUGUGUGUCUGUGGACAACCUCAUGGGGCUUGAGGAGCCCCCCGCAGAGGGUUCUGGAAGCAGAGGCCUGAGGCGCUGGUGGCAGGACCCCCUGGGGGAUAGCUGCUUUUCCCUGACAGACUGCCAGGAGGUGACAGAGGCCUACCGACAGGCACUGGGGGUCUGCUCAAAGCUCAGCUGAGGGUUGGGGGGGCGCCGCCCCAUCCUGGGUAGGCUCUAAAAUGCAGCUGCACCCUGAGGGGAGACCACCACCGCCCCUGCCUCCUAAGACUAGUAUCCUGGCCAGGAAGGCUGAGGUGGUUUGCACUUGAGCCCUAGAGAGGGCUGGACGGGAAGUGGGCAAGUCAAGUGCAUUGAGGGUUCCAAGCCUUUGGCCCUGUGGAGCAGAGAAGAGAGUAGAGGGAAAGCUAGUAGAGGGAGGAGGGGAAGGCCUGUGGCCGAGAGUCCGGGUUGCCUGCUUCUGGUUCACACAGUAGGGCCACAGACACCAGGAAAGAACACUCUCUCAGUGCCAGUCUCCUUUCUUGCAGUAAGUUUUGUGCGUGGUGACUUCCUGCUAAGGUGGGGAUGGGAACUCCUCAGAUACAGGUCCCAUCCCCAUCAACCACUAAAACUGGAACGUGGCACCCCCCGCAAUGUGCCUGGGGUGUCCUGGGAAUGGUCUCCUACGGUGUACCCUUAUUUAUCUCAACAGUAAGAGAACCCAACCUUUAUCUCCUCGAAGGUUUUCUCCUCUUUCCCGUCCUCCAAACCCGGCCCAAGCCUCCUGGAGUCGCUGCUAGGGAUCUAAAAGACUCAAAAAGGCUCAGGCUGCUGCUA